AUGAAUAGAACUCCUCAUAUGGAUUAAUUGAUUUCCAAAAUCUAUAGAUAACGUAAAAAUGUAAGUCUAAUAUGUUAACAAAAAGUAAACUCCAAAUGAUUAUUCUAGAGAGAUGUACUCUCAUCCCAAUAGCCAUCAAACAUCUAACAAAGAUCUUUUGAAUUUGACUAGCAAAUAAAAAUUAAAUAAAUCAUGCAACUACAAUUCAAAUUUACAUCAACGACUCCAAUCCAAAGCAGGAGGAGAUAUAAAAUAAAAAUUAUUAGAUGAAAGUAAAUGUAUGUAAUUACUUUCACAGUUUUAAGAGGAUCACAUUCUAACAUCUCUACUAGUUAUUUAAUUAGUACUCUAAAAGAAAAAGUUAGCGAAAAGGUCAAUUAAAAAGUUUAAAAAUACAACACUUGUUAAGGGGCUUCAUCAUUCACACUCCCUGAUAAAGAGCUAUCCCCAAAACCUAUGUUUAAAAUUUUAGAAAACUCUCUCUUUGCUGAAUGCUAAAACCUCAAAAACCAAGUUUCACUUCAUUCCUUUCAAGAACUACUUGAUAAAAUGGAAAUAAAAGAGCAAUCCCUGAAAAUCUCAAUUUUUGCAGAUUUAAAAAAGCUUUUCAUUAUUUUAGCUCAAUCUAUUCGAAAUGAUAUUCAAACAUAAAAGAAGGAAAUUGAAUCUCUAGUUCGAUAAAAUAAUUCUUUGAAAUCACAAAUCUAAGAAAUGAAUUCUUAAUUGGAUAAAUUCAAAUCUGUUAUUGAAGACUAACAGAAAUAAAUCAAAAUAAAAAAUGAAGAAAACUUUAUUUCAAUCAUGAAUACACUUCGAUCUCAUGGAGUUGAUCCUAGAAAAAUGUUAAAAAAAUGUUAAGAUAAUGUUGAAACUUGUAAACUAAAAUAAGAUCAAUCUGAAUUCAUUGAUGAAUCUUAAAAGUAUAGCUCAGAUGAUUCUAUUCCAUUUGGUAAUUGUCAUUAAAUAUGUUAGUUGAUCCUCAAACUAUAAUAAAAAACGAAAAAAAAGUAGUGGGACUAGCUUUAAAUUUGAAUCCAUUAAAAGAUCCUAAAAAAGCUCCGAUUGGUUAUUAAGAUGAAUUUAUGGCCAAUAUUAAUGAAUUCAGCGAAAGUUGGAGGUAAUAGGCAUUAGCUGAAAAAAGAUUUUGA